UUGAGUGAACACGUUGAGUGCGCGUCGAUCAAAAUCGUGGGAAAACAUAAGCAAAAAAUAAACCAAUUCUGAACACUGAAAUUUUUCUGAUUCGAAUGGUUACGCGAGUGACGGAAAAUUGUGCAAAAUUGUUCCAUGGCAUAAAGAAAAUUAAAUUAAACGAAUAUGCAGAUCACAACAAAAAGCAUUGAAGUGAAGUGUGUUGCAUUGCUAACCAAUUAGCAAUGCGCAAGUGAAAUUAUACAGGAAUUAGAAAACAACAACUAAUUGGAACACAUCUGUCCAAAUCAGGGAUUCAUUUAAAAAAAAAAACUGCAAACUUUUCCUGCACGAAAUAUUUUCCUUGCUUCAGCAAAAAUUGCCGAACUAACUGCGGCCUCGUCCCAGCAGCACCCUUCUCCAGCCUCUCCAGCAGCCGCGCAAACUAAAUUAUUUAUGACUAAAAUGAUUCCGCCGCUGCCCACUUCAGCCGUUCUAAUGCCCACGCCAAAGCAGAAGAUCGGCUUCAGCAUCGAAUCGAUAGUGGGCAACGAUUCAGCCGCUUCGCCGCCGCAAAGUGCCGGCGGCAAUAGCCAACCGUCCGGCGACCAGUUACGCAACACAAACUCCGCAACUGGCAGCAAUGGGCCCGGUUCACCACCGCAGACGCCACCUGCUGCACCCCCCACGUCAGGUACUACACACCUGCCUGGCGCGCCGCAUCUCGGCAUGCACCUGCCGCUGCAGCUCACACCGCACUCCCAUCCGCAUGCCGCGCACGCACACUUACCGCCACAUCUAUCGCCUGCACAACAACACGCGCUGCAACAACAUCUGCUCCUGCAACAUCAUCACCAGCAGCAGCAGCAGCAACAACAGCAACAGUUAUCACCUAGCGCUGGCAUACCGAUGCGCCAGGACAUACAAGAUAUCAUUCAACGCCUGCAUAGCUCCGCUGCGGCAGCUGCUGCGGCCAAUUUGGGCAUAAAUCCCGCCGGCCCCUACAGUCCACCACCACCCACGCAAACGCGGCUCUCCGCCUCGCCUGAUGGCGCACCUGCCGCCGUCACAACACAAUUGUUACAUCUCAAGCGCGAACGCUCGCCGCUGCCGUCGGCUGUCGAACAAGCUCAGCAUCCCGCACAGCGUCAACAGCCCAAUCAGCCCGCGUCGCAGCAACACGCGCAGCCGCUGCCGCCGCAUACGCCACCCAAAUCCGUCUCACCAACAUCCUCGCAUCCGUCGUCUCCACCAGCAAUGCUGCCUGGAAGUCCUGCUUCGCUACCCACUCCCAACCAGCAAGCGCACCCACAACACACAACGCCUCAAUAUCCCAAGCCAACGCUUGGCGCUGGUCCUGGACACAUGCUUAUGCCCGGCAUGCAACACGCUCCUGGCUUAGUGCGUCCAUUCCCGGUCGUUGGACCAGGUGGCGUGCCGCCGCCACCACAGCAAGGCUUGCCCGACAUCAAAGCGCUGCCGCCGUACAUCAAUGCACCGCCGCCAGAGCUGCCGCCUCAGCACAAUCCACAUUUAAUCGCCGCCGCACAAUUUCAAAUGGCUGCCGCCCUGCAGGCUGGCCAUGUGCUGGGUGGCGGUUUGCCGCCACACGCCGGGCCAUUCAUGGGUGGACCGGGCAUGCCGCGUGACAGCUAUCCGCUCUAUCCUUGGCUGUUGAGCCGCCAUGGACGCAUCUUUCCACAUCGCUUUCCAGGAAAUUUCUUGCUCCAGCCUUUCCGCAAACCAAAACGCAUACGCACCGCCUUCUCACCCUCCCAGCUGCUCAAGCUCGAGCACGCCUUCGAAAAUAAUCAAUACGUGGUUGGCGCCGAACGCAAGGCGCUCGCCCAGUCGCUUAACCUCUCCGAGACGCAGGUAAAAGUGUGGUUCCAGAAUCGUCGCACAAAGCACAAACGCAUGCAGCAGGAGGACGACAAAGGCGACGGCUCGCAUUCGGAUCGCAGUCGCAAUGCGGCAAGUUGCGAUGAAGAUGAGGACGACGAGCUCAUCGAUAUGGAAAUGGAUGACUGUCCGAGCGACGAGGAGCAUGAGUUGGAUGAGAGUCAUUGAAGAAAGUCUUGGCACUUUACAAUUAGAAAGGAAUUGUGUAAAUAUUUGAACUUCGCCAGAACUGCGAGCAGUGUUGCCGCAAAUCAUUUUUAGUGG